AUGAUGACAAAGACUCUGCCAGCGCAGACUGCCCAACGCCUCGGUUUUGAACAGCAUGAAUAUCGUCCCGUGAGCUUUUCGAGAUCUGUUCUAACAGCAAGUCCAGGGAUUACCUCUAACCUGCAUCCUACGCUUCAAGACAAUCGUCUGGAAGGCUUCGGCGUCGCUACCGCCGCAACCCAGCCCUCUUUGAAGGAACUCGCCCUGAGCACCGCCACUACUACGGCAGCCGCA